UUGCUUGAUUCACGUAAUAUCAACGUCCACCAAAAGCGCGGUAAACUGCGGUGUAAGAAGCAAGAGUUGAAAGGUGAUUCGCGUUAGUGUCAGUUUAGUGUUUCGAAUUAGACGGUUGUACAAGUCUAACAUGUCGGUAACAAACGGUGCUAAAGCCAUGAUGUAUGGUACGAAGGUACUGAAAUUUGCGAAAUUAACAGAUAAAGCGUAUGCGCCAACGAAAGGAUCGAAAUAUGCUGCUGGAUAUGAUCUGAAAAGUGCCUAUGAAUAUAUUGUGCCAGCUCAUGGUAAGGAACUUGUCAAGACUGAUUUGCAAGUUCAAGUUCCUGAGGGAACAUACGGAAGAAUAGCACCACGUUCUGGAUUGGCAUGGAAAAAUCAUAUUGAUGUAGGCGCUGGCGUUAUUGAUUCGGAUUACCGCGAGGAAAAUGUGUGGAAGCUCUGUCAGGAUGUAGCAACCAGACACGCAUUGGAAUUGCAGCAUUGCUAUGUUGCAUUCGUGAGCAACUCCUGGCGGAGCGUACCGCUUUGGCGACAGCGAGCCGGAAAGGAUGAAGACAAACUCGUACUUUGGGACUACCACGUAGUACUUAUCUACGCACCAGACGAAAGGGCCGUCGUAUACGAUUUAGAUAGCGCAUUACCAUUUCCGACGCAUUUCUGGAAAUACGCGAUGGAAACGUUUAGAUCAGACGAAGCGCUACAGCCGGAGCAUCAUCGAAGAUUCAGAGUGGUUCCGGCCAACGUGUAUUUACGAGAAUUCGCGUCCGAUCGGCAUCACAUGAAACGUGACGAUGGCACAUGGAUUAAAACGCCACCGGAUUAUCCACCAAUUUCGACACCAACUUCCAAGGACAACUUGGAUUCCUUUAUUAACAUGGACCCGGGGACCGGGUUUGGGGUUAUAUUGACUUUAGAACAAUUGUUCGAACGAUUUCAUAGGCCGCAUGCGAAUGCAACGGCUAACCGUAAGCCUCAACCGCAACCGACGCCGACAUAAGCAAACCGCUAAGUAAGUUGCGCCAGGGUAAAGAUGAUCGUUUGCUUCAAUUUCCAAUUAUCAAAAAAAAAAAAUCAGUGUAUGGCCUAAGGGAAUUGGUUAGAUGCAUGUAUUUUUUGCGAAUUGAAUCAUUGGAUAAAAAUUCGAUAAUAAUGUCAGUCACAUAAUUGUUGCUAAUUGUUCAAGUCAGGUUUUUGCAAUAGCUAAAUUGGAACCACUCGUUGUUUCAAUGAACAAUCCCAACUUUUAUACAUGCCAUUUUUACGCAAUUCCCGAUGUAAAUGUGUCGCACGUCCUUUUUUUCUCUUGUGUUUAUCGAAUUCAAUUGCAAGGCAUUUCGAUGGCACAUUUUUAUUAUUGGUCACUUACAUUAAACUUAGUGACAAAAUUGUUAUUUAUUAUUUAUUAUUUAUUUGUAUAUUUUUAUUCCAUUAAGAAUAAAUCGAAAUUUAAAGGGGAACUCAUAUUUUUGGAAAAACCAUUUUCCUUUGACAAUAGUAUCAUUGGGGGUGGGUAUCGUAAUAAGAACAGCCUGUCGGGCAUGACACAUAUAAUUUUAUACAGAUAGGACGUACGGGUAAUACAAUCGUUAUGGAAUAUCGUUUUCCCAAGGACGUGUGGUGUUCCCCUUGUUAGGUGUAUCGGUAGAAAAAAGUAAAAAAAGAGAGAUUGUUUAUAUACCGGUACGCAACUUUACAGUCGAGUGAUUUGGCUUAUCAUGUGUGAAUAACGAUCGUGCUGUGCUGCUUUUCCCAAUAGUCUCGAUAACUAUUUGCUUGUUGUAUUUCUAGGCUAUGCUGAUAUGUUUGUUUCCCUCUUUUUAAAAGCCUUUUUUACAGAGCCUUGCGGAGACCCUCGUCUCCGUCGUGCGCAACACGUUAACUAUCGACCGUAUUCCAAGUUUUGAGUCGUGGUUACAUGAGUGUUUUCUCGGCUUCUCUUAUACGUUUACCACAAUGCAUAAGAUCUUUGUCACGGCUUUGCUCUAUCGGUGGUAUUACUGUUAUAAUUGUGUCAAAGACUGAUCUAUUUACGGACAAUUUCCAGACACACAGAAAAAAAAGAAUUCGAGGAGAUAUAAUCACUUCGAUGAAUAUAUAUCUAGUAGUGCGCGUCCAAAUGCACAGACGUGGCUAAAGCGCUUAUUAUUAUUGUGCGAUCGAUAUAGUAAGAAUUUGAUCUUCGCGAGAUAUCGUAAUUAUUACGAUUAUUGUAAUUCUUGUGAUACUUUACACUUUCUACUUUGAAUACCUAACGCUAUACUUGUCUACUGUUUAUACUACAAAACCGAUUCUCAAUCACUAUGCGUUCGCUUGUUGACAUCCAAUUUUCUCGAUAGUAUUCGUAAAAGAAAAGCAGGACUUAUAAUUCGGAUAUGGAUGUAUGUAUGUAACACGAGAUUGCAUGUACUGCACGACCAAUUGCCAACAUCGAAAGAUCGUAUUCGAGUCAACGAAUAUCCAUAAUAUGUCUCCAUUUAGAUUUCGGAUAAAGAAUUUUAACAACGAAAUCUUGAAACUUUAGAAUCUUUCAGAAAUGAGUGCAGGCACUUCAUUUGCGUGCGCAAUGAGUUUCUUCGCCGCUUUCCACUUUCUUAAUAUCUUCAAUUUAACUCAUCAAUUAAACUACUCUAAAGUGGUUCGUCUUAAACAAACUUUGAAAACGCAGACUUGUAUUUACAUACAAAUUAUUACGAUUCUAUUGAGAAUAACUUCGCGAUGGCACUGAGACUAACAUAGGUGCUGGUAGAUGUUAUUGUUGAACUUCUCGUUAUGACGUGGAACGCUAUUGCAUGAUGAAAAAACUUGAUCGACAAGCGGACGCAGACCAGCCGUCGGUUCAUCGAUCAUAUAAAACAGUAAUCAUCUAAAAUAAUGAAGAACCGACGGUCACGUCGAUAGUUUAAGAGUUCGUCCACUCUUUGCCUUCCAGAAUCAUUCACUUGAUCUCUUUAUCUCUAUCAUCGACAUGUGUUUUCCUCCGAUUCACGAAUAUCAUGUUACUAUAUGCAUACCUAUUUAUGAACAACUGUAUCUGCGACUACGAAACACUCAGUCACCGAGUAUAUGUCGUUCUACCGACGAGUAUGAUCGAUGAUCUUUGAAUAGUCAAGUCGCUUUCACACAAAUACAGGCGUUGUAUCGUAUGUGGAAAACUCGGGACCGAUUUUUUUAAAGUAUAAUAAUCUUCGAUUACCAAACUAGAAAAUGAGAAAAAUAAUUAAAAAAAGACCUAAUCUCUCUAUAAUUUAAGACAUUACUAAAUAUAUCAGAAAACGUUAUUAUAUGUAUAUUAUGACGAUGAUUAUUAUUAUAUUGUAUCAAUUUCGAUACACCGAUAAAAGAGUUUAGUCGGGAAUGUUGAAUUAUACAAUGUAUCGACGUUUGGUGACGUAUUCUCUUGUCAUCGUCACUCUGCGAUAUACUUACUUACAUAAUGUAUUUUGAUCGAGAAAAAAGAGAAAUCCACAUAAACCUUUUAUCAAAAUAUUCGCAUGUUCACUCAGAAUUACAAAAGGGGAAAGAAAACCUCUCUUUAUGAAACUUCGUCUUUCGAGUCUAUAAUCAAUUAUAAUAAAUGGAUGAUGCACACCGUUUGUCUCAGCUUUGGAAUUUUAUCGACGUACUUUUUAAAUCUUUACAAAUCGUUGUAUGCUAUCCAAAGUCCUCUCUCUUCCUCAAGUUCAGGUGCCAUCUCUAUCGUUAACAUUACAGUGAAAAAACAAAUCGAAACACAAGUUGCGAAUAUUUAAAAAAAUGGUAAUCGAAGCUUAAUUUUUCAGCGAAUUAUGUAUUAUAUUUCAAUUUUGUUUCUUUCCUUCGACACGUUUGUCGACGCGACGAUGAUCUUUCGUUCUCUGAAUGUGUACGAACAAUCAUCGUUAACUGUUUGUAUUAUCGAAUUGAUACUUUUUUCAGUACAAUCGAUUUUCUACCUUCCGUUCGCCGUGUUUUAACGUGAUACUUAGUGUUUGUUAAAGUUAUCCAUUACAAGGUUUUGACGUUUUGCUCAUUAUGCGCACAGUAUAUUCGGCGUACGUUUGUUCUGGUUAUACUUGUUGAAGAUUGUACCUUAGGUAUAGGAGAAUAAAAAGAAUCACGGGAGAAACGACGAAGCGCAUGGAUUUUCAAAUGUAUAUUGUAUUCAAUUUGCAAAAAUAUAUAAUAUAUAAUUACAGAA